AUGCCGGCCCGUUUUCAGAAACGGGUCUUCACCACGACCAUCUCUGAUCUGAGUCUUAAGGAUGCUGGGAAAUACUGGUGUGGGGUGACCAGGAAUGGAAAGGAUAUCUACACUGAAGUAAAGCUGGAAGUAGUACAAGACAGCUGCUGUGACCGAUCCACCAAAGUCCAAAGUCAUGAGACAGGUUCAGUGUCCAUCAGUUGUCCAUAUGACUCUAAGUACCAGAACAACCUGAAGUACAUCUGCAGAGGAAACCCCCCCUCCACAUGUCUGCAGCAGGCAACAAUCACCUCUGACAGGAAACGAAGCGGAGAGCUCAGACUCGAUGAUGACAACGAGUCGAGUAAAUUCACAGUGACCAUCACCGGUUUGACCCAAAAGGAUUCUGGGUUGUAUCUUUGUGGUGUCCAUAGAAGCACCGGCCUGGAUGUUUUCUCUGCUGUCGAACUAGAAGUCAAAGCUCAAACCUCCUUGUGUUUCACAGAGUGGUGCUGUGUGAAGUCACAACAACUGAGCGGCAUUGUGGGACGUCCGUUUACUAUGCUGUGUCCCUAUCCACCACAACAUGGAGAUAACAGGAAGUUCCUCUGUAAGGGAGACCACCGCAACAACUGUACAGACGUGGUGACGAGUCAAAGCAGGUUCACACUGCAAGAUGAUGUUCCUUCCAGCUCUUUCUGGGUCACGAUCACAGAGCUGAAAGCAGGUGAUGCUGCGACAUACUGGUGUGGUUCAGACUCACAGUGGAGUGUUGGCAACUACACCAAGAUUCAGCUGUCAGUGGUCUUUCCACAGCAGACCAGCACUGCGAUCUCUAUCACCACUGUGGUGGAACCUGUCGGAUCACAAUCAACACACAUCCCUGGCAAACAUAUCAAGGAUGCAGCGCUCUUUCACCCUGUAGUUUUCAUUGUGCUUGCUGUGCUGCUCAUACUGAUAUUUGCCCUGGUCAUGGUUUAUAAAUACAAAUGUUACAAAGCACGAGGAGCUGGAGUCAGCAUGAACAUGAACAAAACCAAGGCAGCAGAAGCAGAGGAAGUGAUCAGUGUUUCAGAUAUUUAUGAAAAUCAAGACGUUGUAGCUUGCUCAAAGCAGGGGACCUCCAAAGCGCAGAGCACCUGUAACCACUAUGAUGAUGCAGGUGAAGACCAGUCUGUGUACCAAAACUUCGACAUAACAGAGGAAAUCUACUGUAAUCAAGCGUACACUACAGCCAAUAAGAGAUGAACAGCAUGCUCAUCUGUGAUCAAACCUUGCAUAUUUGGGUCACGUGUUCGUAUUAUUUCCCUGUUUGUAUUGUCUCAAUUAACAGUUGACCAACACAUAUUCACACCACUGUGGUCCAAUCUUUUCAUUGUCUGACUGAAGACAACAGUAAUAUGAUUAUUUGUACAGAUUUGUUUAAUAUUUACCAUCAGAUAUAUUUAGUACUUAUAUUCAUUGCUUUAACUUUGAUUUUACAUUUGUGCUUUUGUCUUUACAUUCAUUAUGAUUGCUUAUUGUUAAUAUAACAAACUGUUUAACACACCUACACUCCUAAGAAAUUGUAACCAUUUCAGCUCAAUACCUCAAAUGUAAGUUAUCUACAAGUACACAUACCUUUAGUAAAUGUGAAUAAACAAACAAAACCAAGAAAAGCCCGUCUUUACAGACCAUAGUCUUAAUUGGAACAGCUCAUCAGUAUUGUUUUUUUGCACUAUAUAAAUGAGAUAUAAAAACAAUAUCGCCACAUUGUCAGUGACUGUCAGUUCCAGACAUUUGAUGAAUUGAAAUAAACAAGGGAUUCAUCUUAUAAAUUAGAGCAUGACAAUAUAUUCCAGUAGUAUUCAGAUGAUAUUCACACUCACUGGUCCUGCAUGGUAAAAAAUGACUGACUGACUGACAACCUGAGCUGUAGUUCUCUCCAGAAGAGCUCCUGAUCAAGUCCACUUCCUACAACACACACAGUCACACUUCUUCUACCCAUCCAUUUGUUAAAAUAAAUGAAUGCCCCACAAAUAUAAUAACGGCAUCAAAGUGUAGAAGGAUUUGAAGGAUUUUUAGCGAUGUGAUGUUCAUUGGAUACUCAAAGAAAAUCUUUGUUGGUCUCCUGUAACUUUGGGAAUAAAGCAUAUGGUAAAAGGUC